UUCCGGUUUGCUGGAGAGGCGAGACUGAGGUUUAAUUUUCCGCCUCCGAGGGGAUGCUGUCGGUUGUGUGAAACGAGUCUGAAAAGCUUUUGUGAAGAUGGUGAAUGUUUUGAAAGGAAUACUUAUAGAAUGUGACCCAGCCAUGAAGCAGUUUCUGCUGUACUUGGAUGAAUCAAAUGCCCUGGGGAAGAAGUUCAUCAUACAAGACUUGGAUGAAACACAUGUCUUUGUGUUAGCUGAGAUGGUUUACUUCCUGCAGGAGAAAGUGGGAGAGUUAAUGGACCAGAACUCUUUUCCCAUUACACAAAAAUAGAAAAUGGGACCGGAAUUGUCUGUGUCAAACUACAAUCAAUAAAUGUGGAACUGAAACUUUAUGUGUAGAUUUUCCUGGUAAUAGAUUUGGUGGGGAUUCAAUAGCAAUAGUCACUAUAACAAAUAAACUAUUUAAUUAGAUUGUAUGUUCAAGAAUUAUCUUUGAUUUUCUUGCUGUGGUAGUUAGACUAUGAAGAACAGUUUUUUGAUAGCCAGUAAAGUGUCUACCACUGCAAGUGAUUUUAGAGUUUGCUUGUUUGAACUUUAGGCUAUGCUUUAUUAGCGGUGGGGGAAAUCAAUGUUCAUAUUGUUUAUUCUUUGUAACUUUCCUUUUAGAGGAAAGAUAACCUUAAAGCACAUAUGCCUUCUGUUUUUAAUGGAUUGUGCCACUUUUUCACAGGACCAAAGGAGACUACCAAAUUUCAUGUGAUGGACCAUGAAAAAUAAACAGUGCUGUAAUAUGAAUCCUUCAUAACAUUGAAUAAUUUUCAACAGGCUUAUAGCUCUGUCUUAUACAUUUUUAGAGAACUACAUUUCACUAAGUUUAAUCAGGUUUGUGUAUAGGAUUGCAGUCUUAGACACACUUACCUGGGAGUAAGCCCAGUUGAAUUCAGUAGAAUUUACUUCUGAGUAGAGAUUGCACUGUUGGAGUAGAGAUUGCACUGUUGUUCUUGUGCUUGGUUUGGUCAGGCUUUUAUUUGUUAGCAUUUCCAGUAAUUUUCUUCUUUUGAUUUAUAGGGUUCAUUAUAAACCCUACUGAAAUAAAAUUUGAAACUUUUAUUCAAGCUUUUACAAUAUUGUAUAAAAAUAGAGUGCAAUAAAGAUUUUAAAGCUAAUUAUGAAAUCUAAAGAAAGCUAAUUAUGAAAUCUAAAAAACAGGAAGGAAUUAAACUUUUGGGCUCUGAGGUGGUUAAUAUGCAUUACUUGCACCUGCUUUUACCGAUGCAGAUGUUUUCCCUUUAAUUUAAAAGCAUGUCAUUUGCUAAGUAGCUAUUAUGGUGAUGCAAUACAGUUACCAAUUAUAGCGCACAAAUCACUUUUAAUGCCUUUGGACUCGUAAUAUUUAAGGGUAAAAAGCCCUGUGUUGUUCCUAUUGUACAGAUGGAAGAUGAAGAUGCUUAAGGCUAUGUAGUCAUUCUCUGGGUGGCAUGGCCUUUGUAUGUGGGUCCAAGGUCAAUGCUCUACCUAGUGGGGCAUAUCAAUCCCUUAUUGUGUCAAGAGGCUAUCCUCCCCUUUCACAAAAUAUUUUUGUAUUCUAAGCUUCAGCUUGUUGCUGUGCAUGGAUGGGAGAAAUCAAUGUGAAUUUUAAAGCAAAGUGCAAGCCGUUUCUUCUCAGAUGCUUGAUAUGGCACCAAUAAUCUAUUAAGAUUCUGAUUUAAGUCAAACACAAACCUGCUGGUCUAAAAGCCUUAUCAAUGAGAAAUAUACCAGUAAGGGGAGCUUACCAGGUUUUACAACAAUUUGUUUUUAAAAGUCCAAAACGAAAUUAAAGAAUGGCAUAUCUGCUUCCCUUGCCCUCCAAUCUGUUGCUUUCCUUAUAAAAGGACAGUGAGAAAACUGAGAUGUAUUUUAUUUUAAACUCAGGUGCAUGGUUUCUUUCAGUUUAUUACUUAUGCAGGGAAAAGGAAGGAGUUGUAAACUUUCUUAAGCACUGGUAACAUGCUUAAGCAAUUAAAAUGGGAUU